AUGCUGGGAUUGAAGAGGCUGCUUUCACAAAGACACACAAUUCACCAUGCGAGAAACUUAUCCAAGCUAGAAGAUAAGCUGCUUCCUGUAAUCUCUUUUCGGGAUCCAUCUCAAUGGAGCUCCAAACGCUUCCUUGAUAUCUAUCAGUUUGGAAAUAAGGAGGCAAUUGAGAAAGAACGUGCCAGGCUUAAAGAUGAGAUGAAUAGGGGUUACUUUGCUGACAUUUCGGAAAUGAAACAACAUGGCGGUAAGAUUGCAAUGGCGAAUAAGAUUAUAGUUCCCGCAAUGACAGCUAUGAAGUUUCCUGCAACAGAAGUUAGUUAUCCUGAUGGGAUAAGCAUUAAGCUGCCCAUUACUUCUGAGAAUGCUAAUACGGCCAAAUCAGAUGCUCCCAAGGCAUCAGUGCUUUGUUUAUCAUUUCGUGCGAGCUCGCAGGUGAUGGUUGAUUCUUGGAGCAUGCCCUUCCUUGAUGCUUUUGGCCAAUCUAAAAGUGUUCAGUUAUACGAGGUAUCCUUUAUAGAUUCAUGGUUAUUGACUCGCAAUCCCAUAAAGAAGAUUCUACUUCGGAUAAUGAGGAAAUCUAAGCCUGCAGAGAGGAACAAUGUAGUGCAACCACAGAUAGUUUACUCAUUUGGCGAUCAUUAUGACUUCAGAAAGGAGCUUAAAAUAUUGAACCUUCUUACUGGGUAUAUUUAUUUGAUCGACAAACUUGGUAGAAUCCGAUGGCAAGGUUCUGGAUUUGCAACACCAGAUGAGUUGUCAUCACUUCUAUCCUGUACUUCGUUUAUGUUGGAAGAGAAAUGA